AAACGAGUGCUUGACACUGUUCAGACAAUGUUACCACGUAACAAUUCUAAUUCGGGGGAAAGGCGAAAGAACAAUGCAUAAAAAGAAUCUUAAUAUGUCCGAAUUGAAUUUUGAUAAUUGCCCGAAAUCUCGGACCAAACUACGAGGCUUCAGUUCCUUUGUGUCUAGUACAAAUAGAUAAGCCAUUCCACUUUGAGAAACUCUCAAUCAUUGCUACCACUAUCACCAUCAGGUCCAUCACCACCACCACCGCCACCACCACCACCACCACCUAGAGGUGGCGCGCGAGGCAGUCUCUGGGACAGUCCUCCGUCGGUUAAGUGACAGAUAAGGUGGAAAGGAGGUGAUGGGUCAAAAGCUUAGUUGCGGAGAAAACCAUGAGACUUCUUUGUUCAGUGCUGUUCAGACAGGUGACUUGGAGAUGGUGCAGGCAAUGGUUGAAGCAGAGCCAAAUACCUUAAAGAGGACAACUAGAUAUGGGAGGUCGUCUAUUCUGCAUGUGGCAGCUGUCUAUGGUCAGAUCGAGGUUCUCUCAUUUCUGUUAGAUCGAUGUCCCAAUUCAGAUAUCUUGAAUCGCCAUAGACAGACCCCGUUGAUGUUGGCUGCAAUGCAUGGGAAGACUGAUUGCGUCAAAAUGUUAAUCCAGAGAGGAGCAUAUGUAUUGAUGUUUGAUUCACUCCAAGGAAGAACCUGCUUGCAUUAUGUUGCGUACUAUGGUCAUUUUGAUUGCCUGCAAGCUCUUCUUUCUGCUGCCCAUAGCAGCCCCCUAGCAGAUUCUUGGGGCUUUGCUAGAUUUGUGAACAUAAGGGAUGAAAAUGGUGCUACUCCACUGCAUUUGGCGGCUCGCCAAGGAUGGUCUAAUUGUGUUCAUGCCCUCUUAGAUAAUGGGGCUCUUGUUUGUGCUUCAACUGGUGGAAAUGGCUACCCUGGCAGCACUCCUCUUCAUUUUGCUGCCUCUGGGGGUUCUAUAGAGUGUAUCAGGAAAUUGCUUGCUUGGGGAGCAGAUAGGCUUCAACCAGAUUCAUAUGGGAGAAUACCAUAUUUAAUUGCUUUGAAGCACAAACAUGAGGCAUGUGCUGCUUUAUUGGACCCUGCAUCUGCAGAACCUCUUGUUUGGCCAUUGCCUUUAAGGUUCAUAAGCGAUCUUAAUCCAGAAGCAAAAGAAUUGUUGGAGAAGGCCUUAAUGGAAGCAAACCGAGAGAGGGAGAAAGCCAUUUUGCAGGAUACAAUUCAUGCACUUCCAUGUGCAUCAGAUUCUGAGGUCGAAGCAGAUCAUGACACUACCUCUGAGGCUAGUGAUGUCGAUGUAUGCUGCAUAUGCUUUGACCAGCUAUGCACAAUAGAGAUUAGACAAUGUGGUCACCGGAUGUGUGCUCAUUGCACCUUAGCUCUUUGCUGCCACAAGAAGCCCAAUCCACUAACAUCAUCUCCUGUAGUCCCAAUUUGCCCCUUCUGCCGCAGGGGCAUCACCCAACUAGCUGUUGCCAAAAUCAACAACAAUGAAGCUGAAGCAGCUGAAGCUAGUCCUCCUUUAAGGCUGAGUUGUGGAAAUAUCACCAACAAUGAUACAGGACCAGAAUUUAGCCCCUCUAAGCCAAUUAAAUCUAGGAAGUCCAAUUUCAGUGAAGGAAGCAGCAGUUUAAAGGGUUUAUCGGCCAUCAGCUCAUUUGGGAAAAUGGGUAGCCGUGGUAGGAAAAGUGCCAGCUGAAUGCAGUGAAGGGAACGAGAAGUUCCAACAAGCAACAGCCAUGGAUCUCCUUUCCUGUCUUAUUGGUUGAUGAACCAGCCAAGGUACUGAUGUUCAUGUUGCUUCAGGAUGGAGAGUAUAUUUGGUAUGCACUUUGAACUCCAUUUUUAAUCGUGGUUUGUAUCGAAUAUAAUGAGCGAAGAUGAGCACAAGAGUCAUUAAAUACUUUUGUAAAGUUCAAAUUGGUAGAAUCUUGUCAACACAGUCUGCUCUUUCGAAUGAAGAAGCGAUGGAGUACUAUUUUUCCCAAGAAACAUAAUGGAGUCAUAUUUUCAAUGGAUGCUCGUAAUUGUCGGUUAUAUAAACUUUAAUUACUUAAAGCCAACUGAGUUUAUUGUACUGCAUUUUUCAUUGCA